CAACACCCGCGUUUGCGUUGAAAAACGCUCUCUCCCAAAAACUAUCCGGUGAAGUGAGCUUAAAAUAUUUUAGUGUACUCUCUUGUGGUUUUCUCAAUUCUUACUCCCAAUGGUACUUCAUCAGGUAUCUCUCUUUUAGCGAAAAUUCUCGUUCGUGUGUAGCAUGCGCUUGAAUAGGAGACAUAGUCUGUGCGUGUUUCGCUCCUUUUUCUUCAGUCAUUUUUCAGCGUUAUAUUAAGGAAAUAUUUUAUGGAUUUUUUCUGAUGUUUUCAAUGACGUAGGAUCUUUUCAGUUUGUUUUAAAAUCGACUCACCAUAUUGUAUCGUCCUACACUGUCAUCCAUGACGCGCGCCAACUUCACCAUUCUCUCUUGAAUUUGAAGUUUAAGUAUGGCGGAAGACAUUUAUCGCCUAGAAGGAAACAAUGAAGAAAAAGGUGGACUCAUUAUCAAGAAGAAACCAGAUCCAAAUGCCACAUUUAAGUUCAAAGUACCACAAACAUCUCUGUUAGGUCUUGACAGACUUGCAGAUGUAAAACGCAAAGAAAGAGAAAGUCUGAUCAAAGAUGCGGAAAAAAAAUCCAAAUUAAAAUCUUAUGCUGACUCGGAUGAUGAAGGGCAGGAUAUUGAAGCAAGUCCAUCUCCUCAUAGCAUUCCAAAAAAGGAUGAAAAAAGGCACUAUCGGCCUGCAUUAGAUGAAACACCAACACACACAGGUGGUAUCUCACAGGAGGCUAAGGAACGCCUGGAAAACCGGCUGAGGAAAGAGCGUGAAAGAGGAAUCUAUGUAUCAACAUCUGAAAAGAGGAAACGUGAGCGAGAAGCAGAGGACAGAGAGGAAAGGCGAAGUUCGAGAGGUCGUGAUGAUAGACAUAGAAGCAGAGAUAGAGAUCACAGUCGCAGCCAUCGGGACAGGAAGGAGUUCAAACAGGAGCGAAGGAGCAGAGAUCGCGAUGAAUACAGGAGACAUGACGACACAUCGGAGAGAAGAUUCCGAGUCAAAGAUGAGUACCCAACGCCGCGCUAUCGUGUAAAAGACUCACCAUCAAAAACGAAUUGGGAUGAUGACAGUGGAACACCUUUAAGAAAAUCAAGUUGGGACUAUCCCACGCCCAAGAACUUUGCCCUUAAAGAUGGUUCACAGUCUGAUUGGUCCUAUAAACGCGAAGAAAGAUCUCACAGGAUGUAUGACGACACUCCGCGUCCCACGCCAGCACACAAAUAUAAUGUUUGGGCCAAAGAAAGACGAAGAACUGGUGCUACACCACUUCCAGGAAAAGAGGGAGAAGUGGAAUGGGGAAGUCCUGAAGACCGCGAAGCUUGGGAAGAGGAGCAGAAACGUCUUGAUCGGGAGUGGUAUGGUAUGGAUGAUGGUGUUGCCGAAGAGAACAAUCCGUUUUCAAAUCUUAGUGAAGAAUAUGUCAAGAAAAAAGAACUUCAACUUGAACAAAGGAAAAAGAAACGCAUGUCUGCCCAACAACGGCAAAUUAGCAAAGACAAUGAACUGUGGGAGAGGAAUCGAAUGUUGACCAGUGGAGUUGUUCAGUCCAUCAAUGUCGAUGACGAUUUCGAUGAAGAAAACAUUGACCGAGUUCAUCUCCUCGUCCACAACAUAGUUCCUCCGUUCUUGGAUGGUCGUAUUGUCUUCACUAAGCAGCCAGAACCUGUCAUUCCUGUCAAAGAUCCAAGUUCCGAUAUGGCUCUAGUUGCUCGCAAAGGAUCUAGGUUAGUCAGAGUUUAUCGUGAGCAGAAAGAGAGGCGGAAAGCACAGAAAAAGCAUUGGGAACUAGCUGGCACUUCACUCGGUAACAUCAUGGGAAUCGAGAAGAAGGAUGAAGAGGACUCAAAACAAGGUAAGGAUGGUGAAACAGACUACAAAACCGACCAAAAAUUUGCAGAUCACAUGAGAGAUUCGUCCAAUGCAAGUAGUGAUUUUGCAAAAAAGAAGACUAUUACAGAACAGCGGAGGUAUUUACCUGUCUUUGCAGUGCGGCAAGAACUGUUGAAUGUUAUUCGAGAAAAUAAUAUUGUGAUAAUUAUUGGAGAAACUGGUAGUGGAAAAACAACACAACUGACACAGUACUUGCACGAAGACGGUUACAGUAAAUACGGAAUGAUUGGAUGCACACAGCCGCGGCGAGUGGCAGCCAUGUCAGUAGCCAAACGUGUCUCUGAUGAAAUGAACACAACGUUGGGAGAUGAUGUCGGUUACACAAUCCGAUUUGAAGAUUGCACGUCUGAGAAAACUGUGAUAAAAUAUAUGACUGAUGGUAUUUUAUUACGAGAAUCUUUACGUGAGGCAGAACUGGAUAACUACAGUGCUAUCAUCAUGGACGAAGCCCAUGAACGCUCACUCAGUACUGAUGUUCUUUUUGGUCUGCUUCGAGAGGUUGUUGCAAAAAGGCACGAUCUAAAACUGAUUGUAACCUCAGCAACAAUGGACGCAACAAAAUUUGCAACUUUCUUUGGGAAUGUUCCUACCUUUACAAUUCCUGGCCGAACAUUCCCUGUUGAUUUGUUCUUCGCCAAGAAUGGUGUCGAGGAUUAUGUUGAUUCUGCCGUUAAACAGGCGGUGCAGAUUCAUCUUCAGCCAACUGAAGGUGAUAUUUUAAUUUUCAUGCCGGGACAAGAGGACAUUGAAGUGACGUGCGAAGUCUUGGCGGAGAGGCUCCAAGAAAUUGACUCAGCGCCUGAUCUCCUCAUUCUCCCUAUAUACUCACAGCUGCCAUCUGAUUUGCAAGCCAAGAUUUUCCAAAAGUCAUCAGAAGGACUCAGAAAGUGCGUCGUGGCUACCAACAUUGCAGAGACCUCUCUUACAGUGGAUGGAAUCAUGUAUGUCGUUGACUCAGGAUACUGCAAAUUGAAAGUAUACAACCCCCGUAUCGGUAUGGACGCUCUUCAGAUCUAUCCUAUAAGUCAAGCCAAUGCUAAUCAACGUUCAGGCAGAGCAGGUCGAACAGGACCUGGUCAGUGCUUCAGGAUGUACACGGAGAAGCAGUUCAAAGACGAACUACUGGUGACGACAGUGCCUGAAAUCCAACGAACGAACUUGGCAAACACGGUUCUGCUACUUAAAUCCCUUGGUGUCCAAGAUUUACUACAGUUCCAUUUUAUGGACCCACCUCCACAGGACAACAUUCUAAAUUCCCUCUACCAACUUUGGAUUUUGGGGGCGUUAGACCACACUGGAACACUGACUGCGUUAGGCAGGCAAAUGGCAGAGUUCCCAUUAGACCCUCCGCAAUGUCAAAUGCUCAUAGUCUCAACCCAAAUGAAGUGUUCAGCAGAUGUUCUCAUUAUAGUUUCAAUGUUAUCCGUUCCGUCCAUAUUCUAUCGCCCUAAGGGCAGGGAAGAGGAAGCUGAUUCUGUGCGGGAGAAGUUUCAAGUACCUGAGUCUGAUCAUCUAACUUAUUUGAAUGUUUAUAAUCAGUGGAAACAGAACAACUACUCAGCCAACUGGUGUAAUGAACAUUUCAUCCACAUCAAAGCAAUGCGAAAAGUACGAGAGGUCCGUCAACAGUUGAAAGAUAUCAUGGUUCAACAGAAGUUGGAAAUUGCAUCCUGUGGAACUGAUUGGGACAUCAUUCGCAAAUGCAUUUGCUCUGCUUACUUCCAUCAAGCUGCAAGGCUCAAAGGGAUCGGCGAGUAUGUCAAUUGUCGGACAGGGAUGCCGUGUUACCUGCACCCCACCUCGGCGCUUUUUGGUAUGGGUUUCACGCCAGACUACGUCAUUUAUCACGAACUGGUCAUGACUGCAAAGGAGUACAUGCAAUGCGUGACUGCAGUGGAUGGACAUUGGUUGGCAGAGCUUGGACCAAUGUUCUUCUCUGUGAAAGAAACGGGCCGAUCUGGGUCUGCCAAACGGAAGCAGGCGCUAGAACACCUUCAGGAGAUGGAAGGGCAGAUGAAAGCUGCGCACGAAGAGAUCGAAGCUCGGAAGAAAGAAAUGGAACUCAAAGAGGCCAGCAGUGUCAGAAGGACUGAAAUCGUGACUCCAGGUCUAAUGGAUUCUAAAGGAGGUGCAACUCCACGCAGGACCCCAGCUCGUUUUGGUCUCUAGAAUUUGAUGAUCUCUAUCGAGCAGUUUCAUUGAUUCUCAUUCUCUCCUGCGUCAAAAUAAAUGAAACAUCCACUUACAUCGCCUUAGACAAUGUAACUAGUCAUUCUUAUUUUCUGUUGAUAUCCUCUAGCCACACCAACUUCUUGCUUUGAAGCAAUGCUAUGGUAAUACUUGUUGUGUGCAAUUUUUGCCCAUGCUCUUGUAAUAUUGUAAAAUAACUGUUAAUUGACUUUUGUCGGAUUUUUGUAAAUUUUUAAAAUAUAGGUUUAUUUUGCCAUUGAA